GUGGCAGCCGGGGCCGUUGGGUUGGCGAGACGAGCUCUGGACGAAGCGACGAAAUACGCACUGGAGAGAAAAACGUUUGGGAAACCGAUCGCGGAACACCAGGCGGUGGCGUUCAUGCUGGCGGAGAUGGCGAUGAAGGUGGAGCUGGCGCGACUGGCGUACCAACGGGCCGCCUGGGAGGUGGACGCCGGCCGCAGGAACACUUUCUACGCCUCCGUGGCCAAAGCUUUCGCCGGCGAUGUCGCCAACCAAGUGGCCGCCGACGCCGUGCAGAUUUUCGGAGGGAACGGUUUCAAUACGGAAUAUCCCGUGGAAAAACUCAUGAGAGACGCCAAAAUCUACCAGAUCUAUGAGGGCACGGCGCAGAUCCAGCGGGUCAUCAUCGCCCGUGAGCACGUCGCCAAGUACAAGGCGUGA